GGUCAAGUAAGGAUUGCAUAAUAUAUCAAUUUUUCAAUUGUUUGUUCCCAAGCUAACCUAGUUAUUUUUUCUUUAUAUAGGUUCUGCGUGGAGGAUAUAUACACAUAUAUAUAUUAUGGAUACUCAAGUGUUUGAAGUUAAAGCAGUAGCAAUGAAAAUGGAAAAAGAAUAUAUUGAUCAUUCAGAUGAAGAGGAUUAUGUGUACGAUGCUGAUUCUGGUCAUAGUAUUUCUGUUAGGGAUACUACUGGCUCCCAUGAUUUUGGUCAUAGUAUUUCUGUUAGAGAUACUACUGGCUCCCAAACUACAACUUUUGGAGAUCGUAAUUUGUCAGAUUCAAGAAUUACUGAUAGUUACAAUAAAGUACUCACUAAAAAAUAUAGUUACAAGUACAUUCAUCAAACAGAAACUUUAUCUGGACUUUUGAAACACAUAAGAGAUCAGCCACCGCGUCACUACGUAUUCAAAAUAAAUAAUUUUUCAUCAUUAUUGGAGUCACAAGUGAAAAAAGUUGAAUCAGGUGUCUUCCUUGUAGGAGGUUAUAAAUGGAAGUUGAUUCUGUACCCGAAUGGAAAUGAAAAGGCAGGAGGGGAAAACCACAUCUCCCUCUACUUGGCAAUGGAAGAUACAAUUUCCUUACCUCCUACGUUUGAAGUCAAUGUUGAUCUGAGAGUUUUUGUCUCAGAGCAAUUACAAGGGAAGUUUCUUGCAGUCCAAGAUGCUAAACGACCGAUGAGAGUUUUUAACAGAAGUCGAACAGUAUUGGGGUUUGCAAAAUUUCUUUCUCUUGAAAAUUUUAAAGAGGAAAAUAAUGGAUAUCUUUUUGAGGAUUCUUGUGUAUUUGGCGUAGAGGUUUUUGUUGCUAAAUCAACUCGAGAAUACGAUAAUCUUUUUGUUAAAGAUAAUUCAGUUCAGAUAUCUCGUUUGAAGUCUCAAGGAUACUAUACUAACAUCUCUAAUGCUCUUGUCACUAAAACGAAAAAAGAGAAAUUGAUAGCUCCUAUUUCACAAGAUUCCUCUUUGCAAUUAAAUCAAAGUGAAGGAAUUUUAAGAACCACAAGAGAUUUUCCACCGGCUCAUAUAUUCGAAAUAAAAUCAUUCUCAUUGCUUUGCAAAGACAAUAUCCAAAGACAUGAAUUUGACACUUUUGAAGCUGGAGGUUUAAACUGGAGGUUAUGUCUUUAUCCUGAAGGAUGUAAGGAAAGAAAUGGAAGUGGUUAUAUUUCUCUUUACUUGGAAAUUUUAAAGGAAGGAACAUUUCCUUCUGGGUGGGAGGUGAAUGUGAACUUUAAAAUGUUUGUUUUUGACCAAAUAAGAAACAAGUACCACAUUUUCCAAGAUGCUGAUGGGGUUCCAAAGUGCUUCAAUGGAAUCACGAAAGAAUUGGGUUUUACUCAUUUAGUCUCCCAGAAGACAUUCAAUGAUCCUCAUAGUGGAUUUCUUGUUAACGAUCGUUGUCUAUUUGGUCUAGAGAUAUUUAUUAUUAGGCAUAUGUGCAACAAAGAUAUUAUGACAAAAGAUCCUGCUAAUUGCAGCACAUACACUUGGCCGAUUUACAACUUUAGCACAUUAAACUCGAAAAUAUAUGAGUCCGAGACUUUCACCAUAUGUGGAAGAAAAUGGCACUUAGCAAUUUAUCCAAAAGGAGAUACGAAAGAAGUAGCUGACAAAUGGCUCUCACUCUACUUAUACUUAGUUAACGCAAAAUCCUUACCUUUGAAGCAGGAAUAUAAGAUAAAGUGCAAUUUUCGAAUAAGAGAUCAAGUCACUAGUAACCAUUUUCAGAUGUCAUUGACUAAUACAUUUAGAUACCCUCCAUGGAAGGCUUGGGGUUUUUCAAAAUUUAUUUCAUUAGUAGAUCUACUCAAUGAAUCAAAAGGUUAUAUUCGCGAAGAUACCUUAAUAAUCGAGGUGAUAUUUACUUCCAUAGUUAUGCAAGAUAUUUUGUUGGAAAUUUAGAUUCUUGAUUAUAUAUAUAUAUAUAUAUAUUUAAUGGACAAUGUACUACCAAAAUAUCAUAUCC